CUUCCUCUUGGUUUAUGUUUCACUCACAAGAAACAUGGUGACAUCUCUUCUGCUACUGGCCUUUCUUUUCCUAGCCGGCUUCUUUAACGUUUACUUUUAUUUCUCCCGCAAGAAGUUUCAUGCAUGGCUUCAGUCUUUCUUCCCUGAUAACACACCCAAGGUGAUGAUUCCGGUGAAGGAGAAGAGUGAUUCGGAUUCAAACAAGGCGGAGCUGAAAAGGGUUUUCGCCACCUUCGACAAGAACGGCGACGGGUUCAUAACGAAGCAGGAAUUGAGGGAUUCGCUCAAGAAUAUUAGGCUGUUCACGACGGAGAAAGAGGUUGAAGACAUGGUCGUCAGAGCUGAUGCCAACGGCGACGGGUUGAUCGAUUUCGAUGAGUUCUGCAUCUUAUGUGGCGGUGAAGAUGAACUCAAAGAGGCUUUCGAUGUGUUCGACAAAGACAAAGAUGGGUUGAUUUCAUUUGAGGAACUGGGUUCGGUGCUUUGUUCAUUGGGGUUGAAUGAAGGGAAGAAGAUGGAAGAUUGUAAAGCAAUGAUAAGGAAAGUUGAUAUGGAUGGUGAUGGAAUGGUUAACUUUGAUGAAUUCAAGAAGAUGUUGAAAAACGGCGCUGGAUUUGUUCCAGUUUGCUAACCUCCAUGAUUAAAGCUUUCAAGUAAGGCCUCUUUCUCUCACAAAUGAUUUCUCGUUUUAGUCUCUCCGUUACGCUGAAAUUUGAGAUAAAUUAAAGAAAGUGGAUUGGAUCUCAAAUUUUGUAAUAGAAGAGGGACUAAAUUCAGAAUUACACCAUUUAUGUAAAGACAAGUAGGUAACUCCUCUUGUCUAGUUGGAUUUGUUCCUUUUUUUUUUAAUCCUAUUGAACAUGGUUCUGACACAUUAGAUAUUGAAAAUGUCUCACCAACAACCCCUUUGAUUACCAUCUGAGAUUUGUGACAACUUCUGUAUUGGUCGAGGUUUUUAGUUAUUGUGUCUGUAUAUAUGAAUGUCUUGUAUUUGUACA